AUGACUUUCAGCUUGGUUGCUUUCAUUUAUCCCAAGGAGGACAAGGUUGAGCGCCUCAAGGAAGUCGCCAAGGACAUCGCCGAGUGGGUCAAGGCCAACGAGCCCGGCACGCUCCAGUACCACUGGUCCCAAUCGACCGAGGACGGCAAGCCCGUUUUUGUUGUUCAGGAGAUCUACGCCGACGAAGCCGCCUUCGAGGCUCACAAGAACGGCGAAAAGUUCAAUUGGUUUGUCGAGACUGGCAAGAAGGAGGAUCUCUUCGCUGCUCCUCUUAAGGUCUGCAUCCUUGACCCGUUUGGUGGUUUCGCUAGCCGUAUUUAG